UGAAAAGAUGAGAAAAUAAAACAAACGAGAAGCAAAUCAGCUGAUUCCGAAAUGGAAAAGAUAUCAGCGACCCCUCUGGCGCACAAUAAUAAUAACAAUAAUAGUAAUAAAAGUAAGAAGUUGACUGAAAUUAGUUCAACUAAUACCACAAAAGGGAACAUGCUCAAACUAGAUUUCGAUACGAUGCCAAAAUUAGUUGAAAGCUCAGUACGAGCCAAUGUGCCAUUGCGAGCGAACUUUGUGAAAAGUAAUACGUGUGGGAGUUUGUUUGCCAAAUGUAACUGCAGUCACCAUUCAAAAGACAUCAUCCCAUUGAUAAGUGAAGUAGAUUGCGAUAGAGAAGCAUCAAAGUUUGAUCGACACACUCGUAAAAAUCAAUCAUUUUCUCAUCCCGACACGCCUGUAAUUUUUACAGAGGAAAAUCGAUAUCCAAUUGACCCGCUGCCACGUUUACGAUCAUCUCACGAGACUGUCUUUAGAAGUGGCAAUCAAGAGGUCGAAAUAAAGCAUUCCAAGCGUUCAUCAUCACCGAACAUUGGCAAUUUCACUUCACUGAAUGUUGAUAUUCAUCCUGAGUUUAAGGUUCAAGUGAUUCCUAAAAGUUUUACUCUUCAAGAGACCACUCGACGCAAACCAAUUCUUAAAAAGGGUUCUAAAAGCUUUCCCAGUGCAACACGCUCUAAUUUUCGUUCAUUCGAUUCGCUCGGUGAACACACAUUUUCAUCAUCUUAUAGUGUUGAUGAAGAGAGUGAAGAACUUGAAUUAAAUGGAAAAGUAACCGAACUAAUUGUUACCGAUCUUGAUGCAAGCUCAACAAGUCAAUCUACAACAGUUGUUGACACUCAACAAACAAAACGUGCUGAUGAAAAAGCAUUGUCGAGUCCUAAGAAGAUUACAACUGAGAACGCUGAAAGAUUCUUUCAAGAAUCAGGAAUCUUAGGGCCAAUGGGAGGCGGUUCAAGCAUCUUAAAAAAAUCAUCAAAAAUUAAGCCUGUUCUCACCGAUUCAAUUACAAAAGAUAAUAUUCGUAAAACUUCUUUGGUGCUACUUGGUUAUUCCAAUAAUGAUCUGAGAAAGCGGUCAAUAUCCGAAAGUUACACUGAAUAUCCAUUCAAAGAUGGUUUGGCAGGUUUUGGAACACUCACCUUACAUGAAGAAAUUCUUCACCUCAGAGAAACGAUUAAGAAUCGGGACGAUGAAAUUAGCAGAUUAAAGCGAGAAAUUCACAAGCUUAAGAGUGUCCUACAGCAGCAAGCCACUAGAAAUUUAAAAUGUGAAUGUAAUUUCUCAAGUCUGCGAAUGAAUGGACAUGUCGACAAAACGACGAAGAAACAAAACAAAUUUAAUAGCAAUGAUGAUAUCCAAAAAUCAUCAGCACCUUCAUCCACCGCUUCAACUAUUAAUAAAGGUAGUUUGCCACUUCAAAUCAACAACAUUAGCAAAAGACAAGGAGUGUCGGGUGAGAGUUGUGACGUCAAUGUUAUUGGCUGUUCGAGUGAUAUUUUAAUAAGAAAAUUCGAGAAAGAUUUCAAAUCGAAGCAGCAAAUCAAGGAUGCGGUCCUCGAAAAUGACUUUCUCAAGUAUCUUGAUUGUGUUCAGAUACGUGAACUGGUCGAAUCAAUGUAUAGUCGUGAUGUUGAUUUAGGCGAGUUUAUUGUGAGAGAAAAUGAAACUGGCAAUCAUUUAUUUGUGUCUGCCCAAGGGGAGUUCGAGAUAAUUGUAAAUGAUAAAGUUCUGGGAAGUUUACCGGCUGGAAAGGCCUUUGGCGAGCUUGCCAUUUUGUAUAAUUGUAAACGAACGGCAUCCAUUCGAGCUGUAACCCCAAAUUCACGUGUGUGGGUUUUGGACCGUCGGGCAUUUCAACAAAUCAUGAUGCGAACGGGUCUGCAACGAAUUGAAGAGAAUGUAAAAUUUCUCAAAUCUAUUCCUUUGCUUCAAAAUCUCGACGAUAACGAGCUGUGCAAAAUAGCCGAUGUUCUUGAAUUGGAAUUUUAUCCAGAUGGUGCUUACAUCAUCAGACAAGGUGCUGUUGGAGACAAUUUCUUUUUAAUUAGUCAAGGAAAUGUCAAAGUUACUCAGAAGAUUCCUGGAAGAAGUACAGAAGAAGAAAUUAGAACUCUAGGUCGUGGCGAUUAUUUUGGUGAACAAUCUUUGUUAAAAGAAGACAGAAGAAGCGCAAAUAUAAUUGCGAUGGCACCUGGUGUUGAAUGUCUUACAUUAGACAGGGAAUCAUUCAAACAGCACAUUGGAGAUUUAGAAGAGCUUCAUAAAAAGGACUACGGUGAUAAAGACCGAAUCUAUGCAUUAAAACAGAUUGAGACAAGACAAAUACAACAAAUCGAGGAAAAGAGAGAGAUUGAAAAAGAAUAUGCAAAUAUUGAGUUUGGAGAUCUGAAAACGCUUGCAACAGUUGGAGUGGGAGGAUUUGGACGUGUGAUGCUUGUAAAACAUACGAAAGAUAAUGCAUUAAGAAUCUUUGCCUUAAAACAAAUGAAAAAAGUGCACAUACUAGAAACUAAGCAAGAAGAACAUGUUUUCAAUGAACGACGAAUAAUGCUUUCAUAGAAAGAUGAUUUAUAUUCACAACGUUCUAAUUAUGCUUUUCCUCCCAUUAUUCUUUUCCUACAUUGUAAAGUGUCAUCUCCAUUUAUUUGUCGCCUUUAUCGCACGUAUCGCGACACAAAGUUCAUUUAUUUGCUGUUAGAAGCAUGCUUGGGUGGAGAAGUUUGGACUAUUUUGAGGAAUACUGGGAGGUUUAGUGAAACAACAGCGCAAUUCAUUGUUGGAUGUGUUCUGGAAGCUUUUGAAUUUUUACAUUGUCGAGGCAUUAUUUACAGGGAUUUGAAGCCGGAAAAUCUCAUGCUUACGUCAAAUGGCUAUGUGAAGUUGGUGGAUUUUGGAUUCGCAAAACAAAUAGGCUAUUCAUCGAAAACAUGGACAUUUUGUGGAACUCCUGAGUAUGUUGCACCGGAAAUAAUUUUAAAUAAAGGACAUGACAAGGCUGUUGAUUAUUGGGCACUUGGAAUUUUAAUUAGCGAGUUAAUCACAGGCGCACCACCCUUUACAGCAGAUGAUCCUUUGAAAACUUACAACAUAAUCUUAAAAGGAAUUGAUGCCAUUGAGUACCCACGAUAUGUAUCAAGAGCUGCUAUAAGUUUGAUUAAAAAACUUUGUAGAGAUUUACCAGCGGAUCGUUUGGGAUAUCAAAGGAAUGGUAUCGAUGACAUUCGUAAACAUAAAUGGUUUCAAGGCUUCGACUGGGAAAGCUUACUGAAUCUUACUCUACAACCUCCAAAAAUUUCUUGCGUCAAUGGACCAUUAGAUCUUUCGAAUUUCGAUACGUUUACAAGUGAUUUUGAAGACCCACCCGAUGAAACUUCCGGUUGGGAUGCAGAAUUUUGAUGCGUCUCAACUCAUGAAACAAUCGCUCAACUUUUGUUAAUGAAAGCCAAACUUGUGAUGAAACAAGUUCUCAUAAUGAAAGCUAAUAAAAGCAAUUUAAGAAAAGCGAAGUUUUAUGUAUUCCCAAA